AACAUUUAGUAAAAUAUUGUGCAAAACACUCUAAAAGAUGACACAAAAUGCAAGCGUCUUACGAUUUCCGUUUUGUCACAAAGCCUAACCGCAUUGUACAUUUAACUUCAUUCUUUUGAGACUGGGCCUACGAUACUCACAAGUUGAGUACUCUGCUGCCAACUACAUGUAGGUGAGAGCGACAAAAACACAACAAGAAGUGACAUCUUUUCGUGACUUCAUGAAUCCCAAAAGUGAUGAAUCACCACCAUCCAGUGGUCGGGAUAUGAAUGGUAGUGGCGCUCAAACGCAGAAUGUCGAGGCUGGUGUCUGUCUGGGGAAGGGUCGACAGAGCACCCAAAACCGAAAACAAAGACGUGUUCAGCAUAGCCACAUGUCUGGCCCUUUAAUCAUAAAAGCAAGGUUAGUACAGGCAGAUGCAGGAUCACUGCAAGGAUCCGAUCUUCCUAAAGCAUGGCCACUACACAGCAACGCCGAAUCGCCGUCAGGAUACGAUCUUCCGAAUGGGUCUUGGCAGUCGCAUUAUGUGUAUACCGGCAGUCCGAAAUGGCCUGGUGAUAGGGUAACUUCAGGCUGCAAAUUGUCAACUGAAGGCGCCGCUGUAACAGAGCAAGAAUUUAAGUUUGUACCCUCAGACCUCUCUACAUUAGCAUCGCCGACAAGAAAUAAGUUUGGCAUCUCUGUUGUCAACGUAAGAAAGGCUGAGCUUAAAAAAAUCGGGUACAAUGACCUCGUGGAUUGGCUACGUGAUCCGAAUCACGUGUACAUAGGACGUGACAUGACGCGUUACGUCCCCGGCGCCGUUGGUAGCAAGUGGGGUAACCCAUUUAAAGCGCGAGGCGACAAUCUGACUGUAGAAGAACGCUGUGACAUGUACAAACAAUAUAUCCUCAAUGACACUCGUAUCCAAGGUAACGGAAAAACGCUUCUGGAAUCUCUGGAUGAGUUGAAAGGCAAAGUGCUCGGAUGUUGGUGCCACCCAGCACCUUGUCACGGUCACAUGCUGGCCGAUCUCGCGCAGAAACACUGUUAUUGACGGUAUUAGGAUGCACUAUCUUCAUGUUAAAUCUUGUUAGUUUUUGUAUGGCCGAAGCUUCAAACAACCUUUAUCUGUGAUAAAACUGUCUCUUAACAUUAUUUUUCUUUACUUGCAAACCUGUCUAUGAAUGUACCCUUCAGUUUGAUGAAUUAAUGUCACAUCUUAAAUAUGCUAUAGAUUAUAUUUAAAAAAAACCCUGACAUCUGGGAGUAUGAUGGUGUUAGCUGACAUUUGCAUUACUUACAUUUUCAAUCAAUAUAAAUAGCUUGAUAUGGCUUUUAAGCGGGGAGCCUCCGAUCACCGUAUAUCAUGGCUAUGGCAAGGACAUUUCUGACAAUUUGACUUAUAUUUUCCAUGUGUGUACAAUGGACUAUCCUUCUGUCUGUGUUAUGCACCAGUCAAUUGUAACCACGGCCCCCAGGUCCGGGGGUAUACCGGGGAUAGCCGGGGAAAAGGGCCGUGUUUUUACUUUCCUGGUGACCGCGGUGGUUUUAUCAUAGCGCCAAAUUUAGCGGAGAUUGGGUAUUGUAUAGAGUCUCUGGGGUGCGGGGGUAUUUGACCGGGGUUUAACCAUCAGUUCGUCACCGCAGGGCGGGGAUUUUACCCGGGGUUGGCUGGACUGAAAGUCAGUCCCGGCUAUUCCCCGGACCUGGGGGGGGGGGGGGGCGUGGUAACAAUUGACUGGUGCAUUACCAUUAUAACAAUACGGCAUCAAACAACUAUACAAGUGAGAUACGAGGGUCAUAAGAACCUGACUAGUCUAGUAUGUUUUACAUCUGAACCUUGUUAAUACUAUAAAGACUUCAUAAGAUUACAUUAUAAAGAUUCAUAUUCCUAUUAUAAAUGUACCGUCAGUUGUAGGUUGUCCUUGACCAGAAGAUGAUCCCGAUUGUUUUUGGUCUCAGACGGCAUUUAUUGGGUGUAAUUAACGAGAAUACUUAUAAGAUAUUAAUAGAACAUUCAUGGCAUCUAUGAUGUCAAACAAUCAUGAUAUUGUAACAUCCUCUUUUCUUUAACAGAAUUCGUUAUCAUAGAAAUAAUCAGUUCAUUAGAACAUUAGGAUAAACAUCUUUCAAUCUUGAUAU